UGCAGGCGUCCGCGGGAUCGCACUGACUGUUCAGGGAGGGAUGGACGCCUUUCCGCCGAAGCAGAGGACCGCUUGGCUUUGUAUGGCGGAAGAUGCUGAAGCUGAAGGCGUGAAGAGGAAGAUGGUACCAGUCAGUUUCGAUUUGAUUCCACAACCGGCUGUCUUUACGCAGGGUGGAGGGGCACAGUAGUCUGCCGCGCGGUAGCCUAAUCCGCUUGCCUGGAGGAGCAGGGAAAGCCCUUCCCAGGCGGAGACGGAGGCACAGUUUUAAGUCUGGCAGGGAUAGAGAGAGCUGACAGGGGUGCUUGGUCAUAUCUGGAGACUAUCAUUCAAGCUGCUGGACUUUCACAUCAUGAGUGGACCGACAAAUGUUCAGUACCAGUCGGGUCUUUAUGGAGGAAACAACAACAGCAGCUCUCCUCUCUCCAGUCGUGGAAGCUCGCCCAUCGUGUGUGAGCGCUGUGGGGAAGUGUGUCGUGGGGAGGUGGUGCGCGUCAAAAACACACACUUCCACAUUCACUGCUUCACCUGCCAAGUGUGUGGCUGUGACCUGGUGCACUUGGGUUUCUUCCACCACUCUGGCGAAUACAUCUGUACAGAGGACUACCAGCGGCUCUACGGGACCCAGUGUGACAGCUGUGACCAGUACAUCACUGGUGAGGUGGUGUCUGCCCUGGGGAGGACAUACCACCCACACUGCUUCGUCUGCAGCAUCUGCAGGAGUCCAUUCCCAAUUGGAGACAGGGUGACCUUCUGUGGGAAGAAGUGUGUGUGUCAGCAGUGCUCACACACUUUGAGCACCGACAAGCCCGUCAAGGUCCACGGCCCAAGCUACUGUGCGGGCUGUGGCGAGGAGAUCAAACAGGGUCAGUCCCUGCUGGCUCUGGACAGACAGUGGCACGUCAGUUGUUUCAAGUGCCGUACGUGCGGCUGUGCGCUCACUGGAGAGUACAUCAGCAAAGAUGGGAUACCUUACUGUGAGACUGACUACCAUACUCAGUUUGGGAUCAGGUGUGACAGCUGUAACAGGUACAUCAGCGGCCGAGUACUUGAGGCUGGAGGGAAGCGUUAUCACCCCAGUUGUGCCAGGUGUGCCCGGUGUCACAUGAUGUUCCUGGAAGGAGAGGAAAUGUACCUUACAGGUUCAGAGGUUUGGCACCCCAUGUGUAAAGAAGCAGUUCGUCUGGAGAGAAAACUGAGGCUGAGACGUACCUCUGAGACAGCGUCCAUUUCCCCUCCAGGCUCCUCUCCUCUCCUCGGCUCCCCUCACCGGCUCAUCUUUUCUAAAGCUGACGGUGAUGUUUUGGACUAUAAGCAGCUGGCGGCUCUGCCCAGAGUCAAAGCCACAUACGACAUCCAGCGGCCCGACAUCAUCCCUUAUCAGGCCGACCAUGCGCACACACACGUCUCAGAUGACACACUGGAGCGAUACAGCUGUGGACAGGAUCUCUUGGAUGGCGUUGAGUUAAGAACGAGGCGUCCCUCCAGCUCCGUCUUCAGUGACUCUCCUGCUCACAGUCGCCAUGGAGGCUCCCCGCUGCAUUAUUAUCUCCCCGGCAGUGAGAGUGGCAGGAGUUCACCCUAUUACAGUCAGCCAGAGCCCAGGUGUACCACACCCACCACCUCCACCACCACCUUCCAAGCCCCCAGGCAUUUCCAUGUGCCAGCCUGUGAGGAAACCAACAUCUACAAGAAACCCCCGAUCUAUAAGAGACAAGACAUGUCUGCAUCUCCAACAGCCAAUAGGAGUAGGACCAAUGAGAACCUCGUCAAUUCUGCCAACUGUAACAGCCUUUACCACCCGGACUCCAACUACUACCCGUACACUGGCUCUCCAAAAGUCUCCAGGGUGAGGAGGUUUUCGUCUGGAGGAGAGGAGAAUGGAUGGAACCACAAUAUAAACAGGGGAAUUGGCAGGAUGAUCCUGAAGGAGGAGAUGAAGGCGCGGUCAGGUUGUCAUGACAAUGACCAGUGGGGGGGCAGACGCAGUUCCCGCUGUAGCAGCAAGGAGGCGCUGAACAAUCUUGGAUUCAGCUCCCUCAAUGGCUCUCCCAGGUCCGUCUACAGUGCAGACAGCGACUCAUACGUUGCCAAAUCUGCCUCGUUGCCAGGCUACGGUAGAAAUGGACUGAACAGGCCUGGGAGUGCCGGUGCAGAUUAUUUCCAGUAUGACAGCGGUAAUGCAGUUAAUUGGCAGAUCAGAGAAUACAAGAUUUAUCCAUAUGAAGCCCUUAUUGUGUCAGUUAGAGGGCAGCAGCGUCUUCCCAGUGACGUGGACCGAGCCAGACUGGAGCGUCACCUCUCACCAGAGGAGUUCUACAGAGUCUUCGGCUUGUCCAUGUCUGCCUUUGAUCGUCUCCCUCAGUGGAAGAAAAACGAGCUGAAGAAACAGGUCCGACUCUUCUGAGAAAAUGAAGCUGCCAGGAGCAUCUAACCCAAGGUCCAACACCAACAGUGUGCUCUGAUGAGCUGGCCUCAGAUCGGACCCCAGAUUGACUCUGUGUCACAGCAGAAGGGGAAAUGACUCAAAUAAAAGUUUCUCCUCCUUUUGAGGUGGCAAGAGCAGAACUGUUAGCCUCCGUAUCUCGCCGCACUUUUAGCUAGUGUGCACUUGGACUUUUUAUGCAAUACGAGUGGAACUGGCCAACUGGCCUAAAGGGGAAAAACUGGAAUCAGAAAGAAGAACUGGUAGGACAGCAUGAUGACUUUGAGAGGCAGCAGAGGAGUCAGACUGGGGCUGCAACACACAGAAAGUUAAUGAGUAGAGAACGAGUGAAGUUCUCCCUCUUCUACCAGCAGAUGGCAGCACGUUAACAUGAGCACCAGGCUGGCUGGCUGAUAACAUGACCUGAUGGACUGUAAGCUGAAGUACUUGGUACUCUAUUGAGGGUCUGCCCUGAGCCAAAGCUGCAUUCGUGCCGAAACUGAGGAGAUUGUCUGGGAGGGAAGACAGACUGACAAACUGUUGAAGGCGAAAAGGAUUUGGUCACACAGACUUUAUCCUCAGCACCUCAUAAGCUGAUAAAACAGGCAGAUGACACAACAGUGUGAUUCAGGUUCCAGAGCGUGACAUAAACAUUGAUGUUUUUAUAAUGUGUCACAACUGAAGACCAACUAUUUCCUUUCUUUUUCAGUACUGGGAUGUGUUUGAUUUUGAUGUCAGUUCUUCCAAAGCCAUAUCAGUUCUUCUCUGCGUCACGAGCAGGCUGUACAGUUCACUGAAGUGGUUUUUGAAAAAUGAUGUGGUUGUAAGGUUUAAUGUGAAUGUGUCAUGGCUCUGGACUCAGAGAUGUUAGUUAAGUCUACAAAUCAGGUUUUUAGUACUACACUGUGUGUGUGUGUGUGUGUGUGUGUGUGUGUGUGUGUGCAAUUAUAGCUAAUGACUAAUAGAGGAUUUUCAUAGAUGAUUGUUGAGAAGCUUUCUCAUGAAAGAGAAUAAACAAUGAUGAAGCAAAGGAAGGAAAUAGGAAGAGGUGGAAGAAUUAAAGAUGGGGAAAAGGGGGAAGCAACAAGUGAAGGAAUGUCUGAAGCCUUUAACAAAGAGAGGAUUUGUGUUUGCGAUAAAACGAGAGUUGCUAAGCUGAAAUGGAUUUAACAGGAACAGAAAAUUUGUUACAAAUUGCUGAGGAUGUUAAAGAUGAGAUAAUGUGGCUCUCUGCUGCAGGUACUGAAACCAUGAGGUGUAUGUUUACAGCAUUUGAUUUAUUGGCCUAAUAUGAAUAAUUUGCAAACUUGUGUCUGUCACUACAAUACCUUCUGAAUAAACGAUUCAAGCAUCAGUAAGUUAUUA